UUCAACAUUUCCAGAAACCAAAGCUACCACACAAAAAUUUCCACCAGUGGAAACAUCCUUCCAAGCUUUUCUAGUAUUAGUAUUGCUCACAGAGAGAGAGAGAGAGAGAGAGAGCAAAGAGGAGCAGUCCUCUCACUCUCCAAUCAAUCUCAUCACAUAUAUUCCCCCCCCCCCUCCCCCCCUUUCACAUAUUCACUUCUUCAUCGAUAUCAAAAUCUUCUUUUGCUUCACCAUUUGCAGCCCCAUCUCCUCUCUCUCUCCCUCUCUUCAAAAAUAGAAUUUGUGUAAUAUCAAUCAUUACUCAGAGCUCGUGUCUUUCUUUCUUCUAUAUUCUUUUCCUCUUUCUUGGCUAUUGUUGUUUCCAAUAACAGUAACAUCUGAAUACAAUAGAUUGAUCCACUUCUUGCACACAGAAUAUUAUAAGAAACCAAAACAUGCUUCCCCUCCUCAACUAACACUCUCUCUCUCUCUCUCUCUCCCCAGCUCUAGCAGCUCUAAGAAGCAAAACCCUAGAAGCAGAAAGCUUGAAUGUAAGAGCAAAAGCAAGAAAUACAAUUUCCAACAACAAAAGCUAUUUCAUUUGUUUGUCUAAGAUCCGAGAAAAAUCAAAGACACGGACGGACCCAUGGAUUCACUCACAGAAUUAAUGGAGAGCUCCAACUCUGAGAACACCAGCAUCACUGACACUAGUACCAACAAUAACAGCUUGGCUGGAGCCGCAAGCUCUUCUUCAUCAGCUUCAGCUCCUCCUAGCAGCCGCUACGAAAACCAGAAGCGCCGUGACUGGAACACCUUCGGCCAAUACCUGAAGAACCACCGCCCCCCUCUUUCCCUUUCUAGAUGCAGCGGUGCCCACGUUCUUGAAUUUCUCCGGUACCUUGACCAAUUUGGCAAGACGAAGGUUCACACUCCAAUCUGCCCCUUCUAUGGCCACCCUAACCCUCCGGCGCCUUGCCCGUGCCCGCUGCGCCAGGCGUGGGGUAGCCUUGACGCGCUCAUCGGCCGCCUCCGAGCCGCCUUCGAAGAGAACGGGGGAAAGCCGGAAGCCAACCCGUUUGGGGCUCGAGCAGUUAGACUCUAUCUUCGAGAGGUUCGUGAUUUGCAGUCAAAAGCAAGGGGGAUCAGCUAUGAGAAAAAGAAGCGGAAGCGCCCCCGGCAACAGUUGCCGCCAUCGCAGCUGCCGCCGCCACCAGGUGCAAGUCUAUGAAAAUUCUACUGAUCGAUCUCCACCAGCCACCAGGCCUCUUAUAUUGCAAAGUCUCAAAAUGGGUACUCCCUUUUUUCUCUUUAUGAUCAGACAAUUAUGGUUUCCUGGUGUAUUUAGGGUUAGUUAAUUUUCUCAACGUUGUUAGCUAUUAUAUAUAGACAGACUGUAUGUCUGUAUAUUCUGUUGCCUUUUACAGAAGCAAUGGCGUGGAUCUGGUAUAUCAUGAGUAUGCUUUUGAUGGCAAACAGUGUUAGCCAUUACUAUUAGUAGACUAGUCGUCAUGGUGGUACUGGAAAAAGUGGUAGAGGAGAGUAAAAUUGUACUGUUAUGGUCUAUGUGGAACUGAGCAUAUAUAUUGCUCAUAGUUAAUCUUAUGCAUGUACUUGAAUGCCAAGCCAAAGAUUUGCAGAUUAUA